GAAUGAUCCUCCUGUCCUCUGUGCUCUCUUCUCCUAAAACACAGAACUGAACCACCUGUCAUGGUUGCCCAAUCAUUAGGUAUCACGUCUCCAUCGAAGUCUCCGGCAGAAGAAACAGCUCUUCAAAUUUUAUUAACAGUAGAAAGGGAAAUAUUAAUUAAUAAAGUAAAAAAGAAUUAAAAAUUGGGAACGGUGACACGAAGAUGAAUCAACAAGAAGGAAUGGGAGCUGCUGAUGCUUUGGAGUGGUGGCGCUUUGUUGGAUGUUGCCGGCCCUUGAUGGUGGUGCCGUGUGUAUGGGUGGUGGCGCAACUCCUGCAACGGCGUCGGAGGAUUAUAAGGAGUACGAUAAGAAGGACAACAAGGAUGAGAAGAAGAAGGCGAAGGAGGUUCUACUGGUCGAUACCAUUGCCGGUACCCGAGUCGUCGACGCUCCAAUUCUCUUCUUUCUUCACUUCCACAAGGCUUUUCGCGCCGAGCUUACUGAGCUCCAUCGCCUAGCUCUCUACACUUGGGAGACCGGCCCCCCCGAACGAGACCUGAUCAUCGACCUUCUCCGCCGCUUCCACUUCCUUAUGCUCGCUUUUAAGUACCAUUGUGCUGCCAAGGAUGAGUUUAUCCUUCAAGCAUUGGAUCUUCGUAUCAGAAAUGUGGCGUGCACAUAUUCUCUUGAACAUAGUGGCAUGUAUAACCUUUUUGACCCUGUUAUCAACUGCUUGAGUGUGUUACUAGAAAAUAAUGAGAAUCUUUCCAUGCCAUGCCAAGAGCUAGUGUUUUGUACUGGAACUGUCAAAUCAUCAAUUUGCCAGCACAUGCUGAAAGAAGAAGAGCAGGUUUUUCCAUUGCUGGUACAUCAUUUAUCUAGCAAACAGCAGGCUUCACUUGUUUGGCUGUUUGUAUGUAGCAUUCCUAUAAUAUUUCUUGAGGAAGUUUUGCCUUGGAUGACCUCUUAUCUUUCUCUAGAUGAGCUGGAGGAUGUUAUGCUUUGUUUUAAGGAAGUUGUUCCUGGAGAAAAGCUGUUGCAAGAGGUGGUGGCUUCCUGGCUUGGCAAGAAGAAUCAUCCUAUUGGAAUCUCUGCUGCUGGUAGAAAUGAAAAAUGUGAUUCACAUUUCCAUAGACCACUAGACUUUAGCUUGCCAAAAAUAUGUUUGUCCAAGAAGAUCUUAUAUGAAGAAACCUGGCAUAUUAGGCUAUCAGAUUGUCUCCAUAAUGAUGUUAGAAAUCAUCCUCUUGAUGGUCUUCGUCUAUGGAAUGGUGCCAUCCGGAAAGAUUUGAUAGAUUUACUGGAGGAGUUGCACAAAACAAGAAGCUCUAAGAGUUUUUCAGGUUCAUCUUUAGUCAAUGCCCAGUUAAAGUUCCUCGUAGAUGUCCUUAUUUUCUAUGGUGUUGCCUUGGAGAAAGUCUUCUUCCCAGCAUUAAAUGAACUUGCGGAUGGUUCCUUAUCUUUCUCCCAGCAAUGGUUCCCAGAUGAAAUCCAAAUUGCAAGUCUUGUUCAAUUGCUGCAAAACUUCAAUGUUGAAGAUGGGCCAUCUUUGUCCAGCCUUGUGGAGAAGCUAUGCCUGACAUUGGAACCUUUGGUGGUGAAAAUUUUCAAACACCUUGAUUUUCAAGAAAAAGAGAUCUUCUCUGUCAUUUGCAAACACUAUAACCAUGACGAGCAGCUGUGGCUGCUAUACCGGAGCCUUUAUGUGAUGCCACUUGGAUCGCUAAAAUGCGUGAUAACUUGGUUUUCUGCGCAUUUAAGGGAGGAUGAAUUAAAGGCAGUCCUUUGUACCAUAAAGCUGACAGGACCUAUGCUUGAUAAGUCUUUCUCAUCUCUCUUGCAUGAGUGGGUUCGGAUUGGAUAUUCAGGUAAAACUUCAGUUGAAAAAUUCAGAAAACAGUUGCAGGAAAUGUUCAAAAGCACAUGUUUCCUACCUGAACAGGCCAAGAAGGCUGGUGUUUCUUUUCUAGAUAUGGAUGCAGAAGCUUGCAAAAGAUCCUACCCCAGUCUGGUGAAACCAAACUCCGCCAACAAAGCCAAGACCUGUGCAUCUGAUUCUUCAUUUUUCAAUGCCCUAAUUUCUGAAGAAAAAUGUAUCAUGUUAUACUCCAGUGGAAUCAAUCUACGUAUAUUUUCCUCUGGAGAUUUAAAUAAAUCAAAAUCCUUAUCUAAAUUCCCUUCUGAGAAGGUUAGUGCUGAUUCGAGUCUCAGUCCUGAACCCAGACCAAUUGAUUGCAUCUUUUUCAUCCACAAGGCCCUGAAAAAAGAUCUAGAAUACCUUGUCACUGGGUCAGCCAUGGUGGCUAAAGAUGUUGGGUUUCUCAAGGAAUUCUGUAGGCGCUUUCAUCUUCUACGAUUUCUGUACCAAAUCCAUAGUGAUGCUGAAGAUGAAAUUGUCUUCCCAGCUUUAGAGGCCAAAGAAAAGCUCCGGCAGAUCAGUCACUCCUACAGAAUUGAUCACAGAUUUGAGUGGGAGCACUUUAGUAAUAUCUCCAACAUUCUACGAGAGAUUUCGGAAUUGCGUCUUGCACUUCCCUCUACAUUGCCAAAUGUGGUGGAUGAGGCUACACUUGGCGAGAGAAUGAUUAGGUACCGCCGGCUGUGUAUGGAGCUACAUUGUAUGUGUAUAUCAAUAAAUAAAAACAUAGGGGAACACAUCCAUCGUGAAGAAAGUGAAAUUUGGCCAUUGUUUGCAAAUUUUUUCUCAUAUGUGGAGCAAGAAAAGAUCAUAGGAUGCAUGCUUGGGAGGACAAGAGGAGAAGUUUUGCAGGAAAUGAUUCCCUGGCUGAUGGCAUCAUUAACACCAGGGGAAAGACAAGCUACACUGUCCUUGUGGCGUAAUGCUACAAAGAAUACAAUGUUUAAUGAAUGGUUAGCAGAAUGGUGGGAAGAUAUGGGAAAGUAUGAUAUACCUAAGGUGGUUAAGGAGUCAAAUAUCUUUUCUGGGACAGCAGAUCCAUUGGAGAUUAUUGCAAACUAUCUGUCAAAGGAAGGUUUUAAUAAGGAAAAGGGAGGGGCCUGUCAUGAUGAAGGAUUGACGUUUUCAAUGAAGGAUUUUACCAGUUGUAAUUCUGAACCUUUUAAAAAUGUUGGAGUUGGCAAAAAAGAUGUUAUGAAUGAAACCCAGGACAGCUGCCAAUUUUCAGAAGGUGCAACAGGUUUUAGCAAGGCCAACAAGCAGAGAUCCAAUAAAGUUAUAGAUUUCAAACAUGUCGAGAAACCAUUUCAGUCUUUGUGGGUAAAUCAGAAAUUUAGGCACAAGGAGGAUCUAAUUCUGGCAUUGAGUCAGGAAGAUAUGGAGGCUGUAAUUAGAAGAGUGUCCCAUGAUGACCAGUUAGACUCUCAGAGGAAAUCAUAUAUCCUCCAGAACCUUCUGAUGAGUCGUUGGAUUGUUGCACAGCAGAAGUCUUGUCCAGAAGCAACUCUCUCAAGCAAUGGGGAAGAAAUUCCAGGCCAAUGUCCAUCUUUCCAGGACCCUGUCAAUCGUAUUUUUGGUUGCAAACAUUAUAAGAGGAAUUGUAAGCUGUUUGCUGGCUGUUGCAAUCAGUUAUUUACAUGCCGAUACUGCCAUGAUGAGGUUUCUGAUCAUUUGAUGGAAGGAAAAUAUACGACGAAGAUGAUGUGUAUGAAAUGCUUGAAAACUCAGCCCAUUGAUCCCACGUGCGCUAACAUUCCUUGCAACAGAUUUUCCAUGGCAAGAUACUUCUGCAAUAUUUGCAAAUUAUUUGAUGAUGAAAGGGAAAUAUAUCACUGCCCUUACUGCAACCUGUGCCGAGUUGGGAAAGGACUGGGUAUUGACUACUUCCAUUGUAUGAACUGCAAUGCAUGUAUGUCAAAGUCUCUUACAGUGCAUGUCUGCAGAGAAAAAUGUUUUGAAUCAAACUGCCCGAUUUGCCAUGAGUACAUCUUCACAUCAACCUCUCCAGUGAAGGCACUUCCUUGUGGGCAUUUGAUGCAUUCAACAUGCUUUCAGGAUUACACCUCUACUCACUAUACCUGCCCUAUUUGUAGCAAGUCACUUGGGGACAUGAAGGUGUAUUUUGGUAUGCUGGAUGUGGCGUUAGCUGAAGAGAAAAUCCCAGCAGAGUAUUCUGGCCAGACUCAGGUCAUAUUAUGCAAUGAUUGUGAGAAGAGAGGGAUAACUCCCUUCCAUUGGCUUUAUCACAAGUGUCCCCAUUGUGGUUCAUUUAAUACUAGGCUUCUCUGACUGUUGUAAACUACUUGAUAGGUAAUUAGAUGAAAAAGCCUCUUACCGUAAAUCAUUCACUCAUGUUUAUAGCUUUCUUCAUAUUUUUUUUCUCUGCUGCUUUGAAAUGUAAUGUUUAUGGAGGAUGUUAAUUCAAGAAUUCCAGUUGUUAUAAUGAAUUUUAGUCAUUAUCCCAAGAAAAGCCACCUGUGAGGAAGGAUCUAAGUCGUCGGCUUCUACCCUUCUCUCUCUACAAGCCUGUUUCCAAAAUGAAGAUGUGCAGAUCAUUCGGAGGAGUUUAAGAGGGAUGCUAGACUAAGACAAGGAGGUGGGUGACGAUGAAGUGUCAACCCCAUUCUUAGGCCCCAUUUGGUUGCACUUGCAUUUCAUCAGAACUUUGUUUAGAUGGAAGUGUUAUUUUUUUUUUUAUUCUGUUAUGUGUAAAUUUUCUGAUGAAUAGAAACAACGUUUGGUAAAACUA